AUACAAAUAUACUUGAGACUCAUGAUGCAAACGAGGCACCAAGCUCUCAAUUGCAUAUCCGCAAUUCAAACCCAGCUCUAUAUAUCCAAUUACCUUUAUAAGCAAUGAUUCAGCGCAGCAUACUGCGGCCCAUUGUGGCCACUAUACGGACUUCUUCGUUCCGAGCCCGAUACUCUAGCUCACCUACAAAACUUCAAGACAACCCAUAUAUCUUUGUGUUUCCCCUAUCAAACUCUACAAAUCUCCUAACGCUCCUUCCCACGAACCCCCCAACGCCAUCCCUUGCCCUCGGCCAUUGCACAUCCGCACGUCCCACACCUUCAACAUUUACCGAAAAUCCAGACGUCUUUCCCAUAAUCCAUGAGGUCCUCGCCGCUCAUGCUACAGAAGACCCUGUCGUUCGGUCUCAAGCCGCAAUGUUCGCAUCUCAAGCUGGGUCCGCGCUUGGCAAAGGCGGCAUGCUGUUUUCAAGGAGUCGCGCUUCCCAGCAACGGCAUGAGAACAUGAGGGGGCCAGGGAAGACAGGCAGGAAUGGAAGUGAUAGUGGCGGUGCAGGUGGUGCAAGUAAUCAAGGUGGCAUCGGCGGCGCGGGUAGAGGAGGCUUCGUGCACGUGAGUGACAUGCGCAACCCGCCUGAUUUUGGUCGAGUGGCGUGGCCAGAAGAUAUAUUUGGAAGCUUAGAGGUUGAUGGAACUGGAGAGUUCGUGGAUGGGACAGGGAGGUACCAAUCAAGUGGGACAUAUCGGAUGGUAACCAACGAGGGCAUAUUUGGGCUCCCCGAUACUCUGCGGAAGAAGCUGGUGGCGCGUUUAACAGAGCUGGAACAGCAGCUAGAGAGAAAGUCAUAAAGUUUUACAAGUCAAAAUCAUGAACAUUGAACGCUAUGACCAAGACGUGAGAGAUGCUGUUACAAUAUUGAAAAGGAUUAUAAAUCGUUCAGUGGG